CCAGCUUGAAGAACAUCAUGUCCAGUGAGUGGAGGUGCACUCCUUUUAUUGCGAUCACUCUCACACACUAAUUGAAUAAUUAGCUAACUACUGUGAUAAAGAUAUAAAUGUCACCUACUAGCUAUAGUCAUUUAUUUUUGUCCAUGGAAGUUCAAACUCACUCCCUCUCCCCCACCUUUCAUUUCCACCUUCUCUCCCAAUCCACCACCGACACCAACCAACCUUCUCUCGGCCAUGCCACCGCCGCCCUCAAGCUGCAAAAGGUCUACCGGAGUUACCGUACCCGCCGCAGGUUGGCCGACUCCGCCGUUGUCGCCGAGGAGCUAUGGUGGCAAGCCAUAGACUAUGUAAGACUAAACCACAGCACCAUCUCGUUCUUUAAUUUGCCGGAAACUGCUGCGUCACGCUGGAGUCGGGUUAAAUUGAACGCUGCCAAGGUGGGUAAAGGUUUGUCCAAGGACGCCAAAGCACAAAAGUUGGCUUUCCAGCAUUGGAUAGAAGCUAUUGAUCCCAGACAUCGCUAUGGGCAUAACUUGCAAUACUACUACAAAGAAUGGUGUAAAACAGAUGCUGGCCAGCCGUUUUUUUAUUGGUUGGAUUUAGGAAAUGGGAAGAAUCUUGAUCUUGAACAAUGCUCUCGAUCAAAGCUUCAAAAACAAUGCAUCAAGUAUCUGGGACCUCAAGAGAGAGAACAGUUUGAAUACACUGUACGCGCGGGUAAAAUUAUCAACAAGCAAUAUGGAGAUUUACUUCAUACAAAUGAAGACUCUGAAGAUGCAAAAUGGAUAUUUGUAAUGAGCACCUCUAAGAAACUUUAUGCUGGCAAGAAAAAGAAGGGAUUAUUUCAUCAUUCUAGUUUUUUGGCUGGAGGAGCUACAUUAGCUGCUGGAAGGCUGGUGGCCGAGAAUGGAAUUCUUAAGUCCAUCUCUGCUUAUAGUGGACACUACCGGCCAACAGAUGACACUCUUGACGGUUUCUUAUCAUAUCUCAAGGAAAAUGGUGUCAAGCUUGAUGAAGUUGAGUUGCACAAGGCAAAUGAAGACUCUGAUAUGUAUGAGGACAACAAUCUUAGUAGAGCAGCAACAUCUGAAGUGUCAAACGAUGCUAAAAUGUAUGUGCCUGAAAUAUCUGAGGGAGCUUCCAAUACUUCAUCCUCAGUUGAGGAGGAUCCUCUACCUGAAUCUGUUACUUAUACAAGGACUUUAUCAGGUGGUCUUCAGAGUCCGAGAGCUGUGGUGCCCAAGACUGCAAUAUUGCAAAGAAUCAAUUCCAAGAAGGCUUCGAAGUCUUACCAAUUAGGACACCAACUUUCGCUUAAAUGGUCAACAGGAGCUGGACCUAGAAUUGGGUGUGUUGCUGAUUACCCUAUAGAGCUUAGAACACAGGCCUUGGAGAUGCUUAACCUUUCUCCCAAAUUUCCCCCUACCCCUUCUUCAUACGUGCGAAUUGGUGGCCUUGUAUUGCCUUCACCUUAUCCAUCCCCUAGUAACAUUGAUGGGACUUUGUGUUAAUUGAUUUAUAUGUAAUGAACUCAGGUAAAUGUUUAUGUUUUUUUUUAUGGUAAAUGUUAAUUUGUUAGUUUUGAUAGAAAUAUCAAUUGGAGAUUUAAACUAUGA